UAAAAUGAAGAAGUUAAGAGUUUUGGUGUUUAUAUUUUUAUUGAUGAACCUAAGCGAAUCUAUGGAAUUAUCUUAUGAAACACUGCGUGAAAAAAUUAUAGAAACGGAACUAAAAUCAUCACUCGGCGGCAGCCUUUGGUUAACCUCAGCCGAAGAAAAAGCCAACUCUAUACUUAUGAAUGCCAAAAGACAGGAGAUAUCUGAUGGUGCCAAAAAUCCUGAAAAGUAUCCACCUGCAAUUCAUUUUUUCCAAGGAAAGCAAUAUUUACGCCAGAGUGAAGUUUUUCGUAUUCUACAAAAAAUGCCCAAAGGUGCAUUUCUUCAUGGACACAACAUUGGCAUGGUCAGUUCAAAAUGGAUUAUUAGCAAUUUAACCACAUCGAAUAAUUUAUAUACAUGUCGAAAUGUUAAUGGAUUGUUGAUUUUUACUUACGAUCAAUCGAAAUGCCAUAGUGAGACCCAAAAUGUUUGCCUGGAACGUGUAAACGCUGAAGAUAAACGUCUUUAUGAACGACAAUUGGAAAAACACAUUAAUAUGUAUACCAUGCAUCCAGAAUCUUUGAUAAGUGACACUAAAAAGAUUUGGGAAAGGUUCGACAAUAUCUUUGUAACACUUGAAAAUUUUUUGAAAUAUAUGCCUACCUACUGUGCCUACCACAAGCGAUUAUUGGAAGAAUUGUGCGAGGAUAACAUUAUAUAUGCUGAGAUAAGAACCUCAUUGGCUCCGCUUUAUGGAGACAAUAAUCAUACAUAUAAUACACUAGAAGUAGCUAACGAACUGGAACGUAUUGUAGAAGGUUUCAAAGCAAGGCAUCCAGACUUUGUAGGUGUUAAAAUUAUCUAUUCAAAACCAAAUAAAGCUACAGUAGACGAAAUGGCACAACGAUUUGUAACUUUUAAACAAUUACACGAUGCUAAACCUAAUUUCAUCAUUGGUUUCGAUUUAAUUGGAAAUGAAGACCUAGGUGAUCCAUUGCACAAAUUUGUCAAUGAACUGAAUGAUAUGCCACCCACUGCAAACUUUUUCUUUCACGCCGGUGAAACGAAUUGGCAUGGAAAAACUGAUUGGAAUCUAGUGGAUGCAUUACUUUUAAAUACUAAACGUAUUGGUCACGGCUUUGCGGUGGCAAAACAUCCACAAUUAUGGUCAACAAUCAAAAAACGAAAUAUAGCAAUUGAAGUUAAUCCAUUAGCGAAUCAAAUAAUGGGUUACGUAUGGGAUUUAAGGAAUCAUCCUGCCGCAUUUCUAAUUUCAGAAAAUUUUCCUAUCAUUAUUUCAGCCGAUUAUCCAGGCGUUUGGAAUGCUAAAGGCUUAAGUUAUGACUUCUAUUAUGCAUUUAUGUCUUUAGCACCAGCUGAAGCUGAUUUAAGAUUUCUGAAACAAUUGGCACUUAAUUCUAUAAAGUAUUCAGUAUUAACAUCAGAGGAGCGUCGUAAAAUCAAUCGAGUAUUUAAAAAGAAAUGGGAUGAAUUUAUUUACAAUGUUGUUAACUUAAAAUUUUAA